AUGCCAAAAUCACCUCGAUGUUUAGCAAUAAUGAAUGUUCAUAAUCGUCGUGAUCGACUAUCGACAUUACUUAAACUAAAAAAAAAUGAAAUAUGUCAAACACAAUUAUCCUGUCUAAUAGAUAUUGAUGAAAUGAUUCGAUGUGAUGAAUUAAUCAGUCCAAUUGUCAUACGAACAAAUAAUCCAACUCAAAUUGAACGUCAAAUUCAAGUAGAUACAAUUAAAGAACGUUUUAGUGGUCUAUUUAAAACUCGUAUUGAAAAAGAUUCAAUAAUAAAUUUAAUAAAUGAUGAAAAAAUUUUACAAGCACUUAUCGAUAGAGAUGGACAACGAUGGUCUGAAUUAAUUGAUCAAUUAAUAAGUGAACAAUCGAAUUUUUCAUUAAGUGAAAUUGCACAACAAUUACUUAAUACUAUUGAACGUUUGUAUACUACUGAAAGAUUAAAUAAUUUAACAACUGGUCAAUUACAACGUAAAAUUCGUUAUGCAAUGUCUCAAUUAAAACAUAUUGAUGAACAUUCAUAUUUACAAAAUAAUUUUAAAACAAUAAAAAAUAAUCGUACAAAUAUAAAUUCAAGAAAACAAACUGAAUGCAAUGGUACAAUGGAUAUGGCAGUAACAGUAAGACAAAUUGAUAAACAUCAUAAUCAUCAAUCAAUAGUAUCAUCUAAUCAUAUUUGGAAACCAUAUGUUGAUCGUUUAUUCGAUCAAGGUCAUUCAGCUGAUGAAAUUAAACGAUUAUUACAUAAAGCAGCAGAAACAACAAUCCAAUGUGAUGAUUAUCGUUUACAAGAUGUUUUUAAUUAUAUAGAUACAAAAUCAAAACAACAAAGAGCAAAAACGGCACCAUCAAAAAUUGGAUUCACUACAGCUUCAACAAAAACGAAACCUGUAACAUCUGAACAAUUCCAAUCAACUAAUUUAUUUCAAUCAAUGAAACCAAACGAAACAAUGGAUAGUAAUAAUAGAAUUAUGAGAUGUUCUUCACCUUCAAUAUCAGUAAGAAAGGUUAUGUCAAAUGACUUCUCAUCUGCUUUUAAUAACAAAGAUCAAAGAUCAACAAUCGAAGGAAUAAAAAAUAAAUCUAUUUCGCCUAGUGUUUCGUUGAACAGGAGUUUAAUUAAAUCACCUAGUAUUGAAUCAGAUAUUAUUCAAAUAGAAUCAACGGAGAAUAAAUUCAUUACUGAUUUGAAUAAGAAUGAAAAAGAACAAAAUUUACCAUUAUAUUCGUCGACUGAUCAAGAACAUAUAAAUAUAAUGGUAAAUUCAAGUCCAACUACUAUGAAUAAACAUCGAUCUAUAACCAAUAUAGAAAAAAUAAUACAAAGAGAAAAAUAUAAUGAUAAGAACUCUGAUAGUGAUGAUAUUAUCAUUAUUACUGAACAAAAACCAUAUCAAAGCCAAGAAAUAAUCGACCCUACAACUUCACAAACUAAUGCAACAUCUAGUUUUCAUAAUCUAAAAACAGAUUCUUCAACUACAAGAAUUAAACCAUCAAAUAAUCUAAUUGAUAUGCCUUUGACAAAACUUGAAGAGCAAUCCAUUCAUGCAUUGCAACGUGUUCAAAAUACUCUUAAUACUAUUGACAAUACUCAUCUUCAUUCACAUUCCUUAAACAUUCCAGUUGAACUAAAUAAAAUGAUUGAUAUUAUCUUCGAAUUAAAUUUACGCAAACCAGAUAAUAUUGAAAUUUUGAUGACUAAAUGUAUCAAACUCUUAAAUAAUGAAAAAUCAACUAUUGUUGUAUCACAACUAGAAGAAGUUUAUUUUCAGAAUUUGAAUGAAGAAAUAUCUAAUACAUUUAAUCUCUUACAAGAAUAUAAAGAACUAACUACGCCAUUUAUAAUAAACAAUGAAGAUUCUUCGUAUAAUCGACAUAUUUCAAACAUGAUUAUGAUUUCAUCGGAUGGUCAAACUUCAUUAAAAUCGAUUAAUGAAAAUAUUGAACAAAUUAUUGAAUCUAAUACAAAUCUUGAUUUAAAACAUCAAGUAAACAUAUUAGAAUAUUCAAAAAUUGCUAGUCCUAUACGAUGUCGUCCUAUACCAUAUACCGUUUCGAAUGAGAUGAGAUCAACAGAAUCUUUAAGACAAGAAUUUAUUUGUUCGACAGAACACAUUUCAUUAACAACCAAAGAAUUAAAUGAACAACUAAUCACGAAUAAAAAUGAUCUGAAUUAUAGAUCGGACAUACCUUUAAAAAUAGAAAGUGAAUUAUAUGAUGAUCAAUCUCAAAAACAAUGGCUUGAUUCUCUACUUUCAAAAAUAUCUGAUAAUAUCAGUAGAACAUCGAAUAUCUCUUCGACUUCUCCAUCUUUAUUAAUUAUUAAUCAAACAAAGAUUGAUGAUAAAGACGAACAAGAAUCUACCAUUAUGAAAUCAGUAGAUGGACAGAUAUCAUCAUUGAAUGAACAUUUGAAAUCAUCUAUAUCUAUUCAUCAACAUACAACAAAUAUGAUUGAAACAACUGAUGACAUACAGAAUAUACAAUAUGUAACGGAUAUAAUCAUAUUUAAAAAAGAAUAUGCUACGUCAAUCAUUAUUCCUAAUCAAAUCUUUUCUAUGAUCGAAGAACAAUUUCAAAUAGUUGAAACAAAAUUAUUACAAAAUAAAGUAGUAAUAUCUUCGAAACAAAUUUUGAAUUCAAAUGAUCAAUUACUCUCAUUAUCGGACGAGAAAAAUAGUGAGCAUAUCAACAAAGAACUUUCAAAAUUAAAUCAUGAUUUCGAUGAUACAUUUCAAAAGUCUCCUUCUAUUAUUACCGUACAUGCAAAUUAUGUCGAUGAAGAAAAACAAUCUAUUACAUCAAUUCUUAAUGAUGAAACAUUAUCUGUAACCGGUCAAUCUUCACCUCCUUCAAAUAUUGAUUUAUUAGAGCAAUUAGAUCAACUUCAAAUACAUGAAGAUAUUGUAUCUUCAAAACAAUUAGUGCCAGCAAAUGUAUCGAAAAGUAAAGAAAAAUUUGAAUCAUCACAAAAAUUAUUCGAUAAUGGACAAGAAGACAUAAGAUUAUCAAAAACUGACAUGAAUUAUGUUCCAGAAAUAAACACAGAAUUAUUGCCAUCGAAUGAUCAAAAAAAAGAAGAAAAAACAAAAUCUAUCGUAUCAUUUCCUUCAGAUAAUAAUGAAGAUGAAAGUUUAAUAAGUAAAUCUCAUACAGACACUAAAAAACCAUCGAAAUCUUCACAUGUUAAUGCACAAGUACUUGAUGAACAUACAUCUAUAAUUGCUUCAACAGUAGUUAAUCACCAGAAUGAAAUUAGUCAAUUUCAGUUACCGAUUUCAACACAAUACUUCAAAUCCAUAUCUAAUGAUACUCCUACAUCAAAUGAAGAGAAACAUUCACCAAUUGAUUCACAUAAUCAAAAUAUUGUAACAGAAACGUCAAUUCAAAAUAGUAAAGAUAAAAAAUUAUCAAAUGAAAAAAUAGAUAAUGCAAUUAUUAAUAAAUUUCACAAGUCUACUAUCCUAUCAAUGGAUCAUUAUAUUACACGACAAUCAAUAAAAUCAGUACUUUCUCCAUCAAAAACUACAAAAAUGGAACAUAUCAAAUACAAAACGAUUGCUACAUCAUUACAACCAACCUCAAUUCCUACAACUAUUAAUAAUAUAUCCAAAGAAGAUGACACGAUGGUUAAUCGUACUAGCAUUCCAUAUUUUGUUACUGAAGAGACAUCUAAAUUGAUGACAUCAUUUACAAAAACAGCAACAAAAGAUGAUAUUAAUAACGAUGAAAAAUCUAUAAGUUCUAUGUCUAGUGGACAUGAUCUUCUGAUUGAUGAUGAUGAUACAACGAAAAAAGAUCUAAGAACUAAGUUAAAUUAUAAUAAUGAUCUGUUACAAAAUAAAUCCAAUUCACCAUUACUCUCUAAUGCAUCUAUACAAGAAUCAAGCUUGUUUGACGAUACUAUUCGUACAUCAUCAUCAUCACCACCAUUAAGUAGUAAAGAAAAUUUAAUUAACAAAAAAGUAGAUGAUCAACAAACAAAGACACAGUUAACAAUUAAUAGAACUAUUUCUCUACCUAAAAUCGUCAGUGAAGAAGGUCAAACAUCGUUACUUUCUAAUAAACAACUAGUAAUGGAUAUGGAUAGUGAAACGAAGAAUCCACUUGAUCAAAUUCGUCCUUCAUCUCAUAGUAAACUUGUCGAUAAUAAUCAAGAUCGAUUAGACGAUCAAAAAUUUACUAAUACUGAAAAAUAUCCUUCGUCAAUGAUCGUUACUUCAGAUACUAAGCGAAUUGAUCGAUCUUCUCCGAUAAAAACAAAGCAACGACCAAUAAGUUCAACAAUUACUUCUGCAUUACCAUCAUCUUUUGCUAAUGUUAAUAUGCGACAGCAAGAUAUAAAACCUUGGAUAUCGUCAUCAGAAAAUAAAAAUGACAAAUCGAUAUUAGACGAUGCAUUAGUUUUGACAUCGAAAGAAAUUCCGUGGCCAAAACCAGUCUCCUCAUCCAAUCUUGUUCAUCAAAAUAAUCGAACGUUUGACUAUCGUCAUGAAAUUGAAAAUGAAAAAUUAUCUUCACAAUCGGAAAAAAGAGUAACAGAUGAUAAUCCUUAUCACUCAAAUUCGAAACAGCAAUCAUCUAUGACUAAUACAUUAAUUCGUGAUAGUAUUCAUUCAUCAUCAAUGCCAAAACUUUUACUAAAACGAUCUUCAAUCAAACAAAAUUCUACUAUUUUACAACCGACAAAACCAAAUGCAACAUCAUCUAUUACAGAUAUUAUUACAUCUUCAAGUAAUAUAGUUGCUACUGAUCAUUUAAGAAGUACACAUUCCAUAACAAGUGAUGAUCACGAAGAAGUUAUAUCACUGAAAAAAACAAAUAAAAAAAAUAAUUCUAAAGAUGAAUUUAUAUCAAAAGUUAAUUCUACUUCUAAACAUAACAUGUUAAGAAAAAAAACACCACAAUCAUCACAAAAUCAAUCAUUGACAUCUUUCAAUCAAAAACAACCAAAUAUCAAAACAUCAAGGAAAAAAUUUACAAAUUAUAGUUUAUUAACAAAUUCAGAAUUAGCAUAUGAUACUGAACAAGGAUCUGAUGUAUGGAUGAACAGUCAUGAAGAUAUUAGUCAAAUUUUAAGUAUUAAUGAACAAGAUGAAAGAAAACCAAAAAUUCAUAAACGACAACAAAAAAAACAAAAUAAAAAUCGAAUAAUCGAUGGUUCGAAAUUUAUGCCUUUUAAUUUAAAAGCACGUGCUGAUCAUCAAGCUUAUACUAUAGAUUCAUCAAGAUUACCAAGUAUUGAGCAAUCAUGUGGUGAACAUUAUCUUAAAAAAUUAUCAAAUUAUCUUUCUCAUCGUCCAAUUAUUCGUCUUCCAGUGACACAAAUAGAAAAAUUUGAAUGUGGAACUAUUGGACCUCAUCUUCAUCCUUCGUCAAUUGCUCGUCAAUUCUUUUUUUUACCAUCAAUUCAUAAUCGUCAUCAUUUAUCAUCUCAAAUUUAUCAAACAAAUGAAUCACUUACAGAUCAAUUUUAUUCUUUUAUGUCAUCAGAAAAUAUUGAUGAUAAACAAGCAUUUGAAUCAAUACUCAAUUGGCAACCACAGCAACAACAUUCAAUAUCAAAGACUGAACAGAGUAAAUUUCAACAUGUAUAUUUGUUAGAUACAUCAACAGGCAAUACAGUUCGUGGUAGACAAUAUCCUAUCUUAACUGAUGAAAUCGAUAUGAUUGAUGAUCCAAAUACAUGCACUAUUGUUAAUAAAUGGGCUUUUGCUGAUUUAGUUAAUACUGAACGAAAAAAAUUUAUUCAAGAAUCAACAGAUAGUAUUACGAAAUCUAAAAAACGAUCAAAGCUAAAUAAUAAUAAUAAUAAUAAUAUUAAAAUAUGUUUACGAAAACGACCAUUAACACAAUUCGAACAAAAUGUAUUCAAAGAAGUUGAUAUUAUAAGUAUUGUUGAUUCACAAACAAUAUUGCUUCAUAUACCAUCAAUAACUGUUGAUAAUCAAGUAUUCAUUAAAAAUCGAAAAUUUAAAUGUGAUCAAACAUUUGAUGAACAUUGUCAAAUAAGUACUAUUUAUCAUUCAACUCUUGCUCCAUUACUUGACCUCGCAAUUGAUGGUAGCAAUUGUUUAUGUUUAAUUGGUGGUGGAAAAUAUUCGGGUAAAAAUUAUCUUCUUCAUUCAUUAAUUGAUUUAUUUGCAUUUGAUUUAAUUCGUCUUUUAUCAUCAUAUGAUAUCUAUAUAAAAUUACUUGGUAUAUGUCAUAAUCGAAUAAUUGAUCUUUUACAAAAUUAUUCACCAAUACGUAUUAUUAAAUCAAUGAAUUGGACAUUAAUACCAAAUGAUGUAUUUCAUUUAAAAAAUAAUGAUGAUAUUGAUUAUAUAGCAUGUCAAAUAAAAAAACGUCGUCGUUUUAUUCAUCAAUUAAUACAAAUUAAUUUUCAUGACAAAGAUCAAUCAAUAAUAAUAGGUUCAUUAAUGAUUGUUGUUUUAGCUUCAUCUCAAUAUGUUUAUACAAGAAAUUUAUGUUCACAUCGAAGAAAAUUUUUAAUUAAUUCAUUAAAUAAAACAAUUUUAUCAUUUAAAAGAGCAUUACUUGGUAUUCGACAAAAUCCAGAUCGUGUUCGAGCAGCAUUUAAUAAUGAUAUUUUAACUCGAUUAAUUCAACCAUAUGUAUUUCAUGAUCAAUCAAAUAUUUGUUAUAUUGGAACGCUUAAUCCAGGUCAUCGACAUCGUAUUGCAACGAAAUCUACAAUUGAAUUUGCUCGAAAUCUUCGUUUCUGUUUAAAACGUAUUAAUAAACAACGUCGAAAACGAGAAAAUUUAUUUCGAAUGAACACAAAUAAUAAUGAUAAUAUAUUUUAA